AUAUUGACUAAUUUAGUAAGAAGCCAAUUUCAAGACCAUCCUUUUCAUUUAGUGUCUCCGUCUCCUUGACCUUUAUAUACAAGUAUAGCCUUAUUUAGUUUAACAUUAAGUAGUGCUUUAUCUUUACAUAGUUUUAAUAACGCUUAUAUAUUCUUUUAUAUAGCACUUAUAACAGUUAUAGCUUCUAUGUCUUUAUGAUUUAGAGAUAUAAUAUCUGAAGGUACAUUUUUAGGUAACCAUACAUUAGCUGUACAAAAAGGACUUAACUUAGGUGUUAUUCUUUUUAUAGUUUCUGAAGCUUUAUUCUUCUUAGCUAUUUUCUGAGCUUUCUUCCAUAGUGCUUUAACUCCUACAGUAGAAUUAGGUGCUCAAUGACCUCCUAUGGGAAUAGAACCUAUAAAUCCUUUUGAAUUACCUUUACUUAAUACUAUUAUAUUAUUAUCUAGUGGAGCUACAGUUACUUACGCUCAUCAUGCUUUAAUUAAAGGAGAUAGAGCUGGAUCUUUAUACGGAUCUAUUUUUACAGUAGUAUUAGCGGUAAUAUUUACAUUCUUCCAAGGAGUUGAAUAUAAUGUUUCAUCAUUUACUAUUAGUGACGGUGCAUUUGGAACAUGUUUCUAUUUUGCUACAGGUUUCCAUGGAUUACACGUUAUAAUUGGAACAAUCUUCUUAGCAGUAGGUUUAUGAAGAAUUUACGCUUACCAUUUAACUGACCAUCAUCAUUUAGGGUUUGAAUCUGGAAUCUUAUACUGACAUUUUGUAGACGUUGUUUGAUUAUUUUUAUACGUUUCAGUGUAUUAUUGAGGUUCUUAA